UGACAUGCCUUUCUUGGCUCUGAAGUCGGCUAUGAUUCACGAAUCAUAAACAAAUACCGCCUAGUAAGAGCAGAACCAAAAUUGUUGCAAGACAUGUCGUUUGCCAUAAUCAAUUGACAAAAUAUGCCGUUAUCAAAACUGAAGUUAUUUGCUUCCUUCGCAUCGAGUCAUUUUUUUUUCGUUUUCCAGAGUCAGUUUUGUCUCCAAUCACAUCGCAAGUAGCGUAGCUUCAUCAUCGAUCAAAUAAUCGUCUACUCACUGGUAACUUCAUCAUCCAUCCAUCCACUACUAUCAUUAUUUUCUCUGGUGAACUAUCCUUGCAAAACACCAUUAAUCUUCAUUUCUCAUCGGUGUUUGGCUCCUGAGAAUACAAUCUAGGGAAAACGACGGUGGAAUGAACUGCUUCUCUCGCUUGUCUUCCUUUAUAUUUAGAAGGACAAGCCAUUUCUUAGCGACGAGGACUGCUAACGCGUCAAAGCAAUCUCGUAUUCCCUUUUGGAGAAGGAGCUUCGAACAGUCCGGCCUCCAUCUAGAAUUUCUCUCCACCAGAUUUCGCAUUCAGUGCUACUCGUCUCGAAAACCGAGUUUAAAACCUUCGAUUAGGAAAAAGAAGGAUUCUCUGCCAACGACAGUCAUGGACCACGAGAAGGAUACUUUCUUUGUUGUGCGGAAAGGAGAUGUUGUCGGUGUUUAUAAGAAUUUUGCUGACUGCGAGGCCCAACUUGGAACUUCGAUACUGGACCCUCCUGUGAGUGUCUACAAGGGUUACUCUUUAUCCAAGGACUCUGAGGCAUAUCUUGUUUCCCAUGGGCUUCAGAAUGCUUUAUACACUAUCAGAGCUGCAGAUCUGAAAGAGGAUCUUUUUGGCACGCUCAUUCCUUGCCCUUUCCAGCAACCUGCAUCUUCCAAUGCUGAAACGUGCCCAAAUGAUGCAAACAAAAAGAGAUCACAGGAAAUCCUGGGAUCAGAAAUCAAAGGCAUAGAUGGAUCAGCAUCUAUCACUCGUAAGCAUACCAAGUUGGGUAUUCAAGCUGAGUGUCAAGCACAGUCUUCCAAUAGUGUACGUGGAUGUAAAGCAAUGGAUAAAUCCUGUCUUCUCGAGUUUGAUGGUGCUUCAAAAGGAAAUCCUGGACAAGCUGGGGCAGGAGCUGUACUACGAAAUGAUGAUGGAAGCUUGAUCUGCAGAUUACGGGAAGGACUGGGCAUUGCAACCAAUAAUAUGGCUGAAUAUCGAGCCAUCUUAUUGGGAAUGAAGUACGCUCUUGAAAAAGGCUAUACAAAAAUUCAUGUCAAAGGAGACUCCAAGCUUGUCUGUAUGCAGAUUGAGGGUUCAUGGAAGGCCAGACAUGAGAACAUCACCAACUUGUACGAAGAAGCUAAGAAGCUGAAGAAUAGUUUUCUUUCUUUCCACAUCAGUCACGUUCCGCGGGAAUAUAAUUCAGAGGCUGAUUCUCAAGCGAACCUGGCCAUCAAACUUGCAGAUGGUGAAGUUCAAGAGGGGUUUGAGUAGUAUUUGUCUAAUGGUGGUAUCUACUGCAUACAUUUCAUUUGAAUCAGAAAUGAAGUACUGUAUUUCCUGUUUAUCCAUUGUUCUUUAGGCAAAAAGAUUUUGUUAGAAGUCGUGGUGAGAGGAUCAAACCACAACUCCUGGUUGCCGGUGUAGUUGCAAUGAUUGGAGCUCAUUGCAAAACUUUUUCCUGCAAAAUCAGCACGUUCAGUUACAAUGAUUAGCAUGGGCGUAAUUUUAGCGACAUGCCCUCAUGUGUGCAUUGUUAAAGAUCCAUAAUUCCAUAUUUAGACAUUGUUUUAUACA